AUGUUGGAUGACUAAAUACCAGAAGAACUCUUUAAUGAGUAAAUUAGCAUCGCUCCUUCUUUGUAUACCCAUAGUUCCAUAAUUUAAGAUAUACAAAACAAGAUGAUUCAAUCAAGUUCUAAAAUCCAAAAUGAUCCAGUCAUUCUUAAGACUUCAUUGACAAAUGAUAUAUUUAAGGAAGAUUAAUUGGACAUUUCCUAAUUCGAUCCAAAUAAUCCUAAAUAUAAAAGCAAACCACAUGAGGUCCAUUUUCAUGUAAAUUCCUUUAUAAAAUAUACUCUAUUCACUUUAAUAUACACAUUAAUUGGACCUUUGGUUAUUCCAAUUUUUAUUUGGACUCAUAAGCAAUUACUUUAAAACUUUCAACUAUUGGGAUUUAACUGGGUAUGUCUAUUUACUUAUCUUCGAUAUUUUUUAGACUUGACUUUAGCAAUAGGUUUUAUUUAUCAUCCCAUGAAUUAAUUUUAGCUCCAAUGUAUUAAUUAUUAUUUUAUUUUCAAUAGUGCUCCUUUAUUAUGUAAUCCAAAUUUUUUCAGAAUUAGUUCUUUAAAACUUAAUGUUGGCCUUUUACCAUCCUUAGAAGAUAGAAUUGUUAGAAAAAUUUCCAAUCGAACUUAUACUGAAUAAAUUUGAAAAUCAAAUUAAUCCAUUUCGAUGGGGCUAAUAAAGUCCAGAAUUAAUUUAAUUUGAGUUGGAGCAAUCUAUAAGAAGGUUGCAUAUUGAACCUGGUUUAUUCAUUUUCUUCUUUAUAGUUUAACCAAAUGAAAAAAGAAGGGAAAAGAUUUCUCAUAACUUUGAAAACUUGAAAGUGGAAGGGAAGUAUGCUGGAAACGGUAUCAAAAUGGCAAUUGAAAUUAUCCAAUAUUACAAUGAAUAGUCCCCCUUAUAUAUUUACAUUAUAGUUGCUUGUGCUUUGACUAUCAUUAGAUUAUGCAUCACAGUGACAUAUUCAUUUUUUUAAAAAGCAGCUUCAAUAUAGAUUGCAAUGUUUGUUGCAAUCACUGUUCUAAACACCAUUGGAUACUUUAUCGUAAUUACAAUCAUUUUGAUAACUUUCCGAGAUUUACAAAGGAAGGUGUUUUGCUUGAAUUAACUCUCACAUUUAAUUUCUGCUUAACAAGUUGAAGAAUAUGAUGAGACCAAAAUAUUCCCUACAUUAAAUUUCUUAUGUGUGCAAUCCUUAUUUUCAUGGUAGAAUUUAAGAAAGGUGAUCCUAGAUUAUGGUUUAUAGUACUAUUAAAGAGAAAAUGCAAUCAUUUCAUUUUGCUUAGAAAUCAUUUUGGUUUUAGUUCUAUUUGCUCUUCUAAAUAUGUUCGAUGUGAUAAGUUGUUACUCCUUAAGUGACGCCAGUAAAAUUUCAUUGUUCAUAUUGAUUAGCUUUGAUGUACUUACUAUUAUGUUCUUAUCUAUUCUUGUUGUCUUGUAGGGUGCCCGUAUCAAUAAACAUUUUAAAAUUCAUUAAACCAUGUUAAAGAAGAACAUGUUUACUUAUCAACAACUUUCAACAUAAUCAUUCAUAAAGAAAGAAUUUCAUGUGCAACCCUAAGAUUUUAUGUUUAAAACUCUUAAAGCUAUCUUAGAUAGAAUACAACUGGGAGAUUAAAAUAAAAACUGGUUUUUCUUGUAUUCUUAAUAUGUUUUGAAUGCAAUUGAUUAAGCCUAUUCAGAUUUAUGUUAUGAGGAGGAGAAUAGACCCUUUACUGUUUUGGGAAUAGCUAUGACCUAUAGUUUAGCUUUUUAACUAAUAGCAAGUUUUUUAGGUAUCUUGGGAACAAUCAUCAUAAGUUUAUACUUCAAUGUUGAUCUAUGA